GUUAUUACAUUUUCUAACUUUCUAUUUUUAUUUAUUAUUAUUUUUGUAUACUUUGUAGCACUUUGAGAUUUUAACAAAUGUAAAGUGUGAUACAAAUGUAAUUCAUUAUUACUAUUAGUAUUAUUAAAUAACCAGGCCCAUCUGGGCCAUCCACUCACCUGUCGCUGUCUUCGAGGCCGGUCCUUGCACAUCCUGUUCCGCGGCAGGCCCGCAGGCCACGCCCUCCCCUCCGCAUAGUCAUUUCCAGGAGUUAUCUCACCUUCUGAGUAGCAUCUGAUUCACUAAUGGUUUCUAAUGUUGUACAAAUUUGUAGAAUGAAUAUUGUCAAAAGUCAGACUUGGGUGUGGAUUGUUUUCCCGAGGUGCAAAGCGAAUGGAGUGGAAACGGCGUGAAGGUAGGGACAUCUUUUUGUUUUGACACUACAACUACAAAAAAAAGGCAAACAAAAGGCGCACACAAUGACGGAGAACAAACUUGACUAAUGAAAACAAAGACUUGCACAAAGGCAAAAACUAUGAACUAUAAACAAAAACUUACUAGUUAUGGACUACAAGGUGCGUAGCAGGUGAUUGAGGGUGAGUGCAAGGUGGUAGACGGUGAUGUUGCCAGGACGAACAACAGAAGCGGACCGGCUUAAAUAGCAGUGACAUGAUCAGUGAAAACAGGUGCGAGAGUGCAAAACGUGAGACAGGUGAAAACUAAUGGGUAGUCAUGGUAAUGAAACAAACCAGGAAGUGCAAACACAGGAACUGAGUGUCCAAAAAACAAAACAUGAUCACACAGACGUGACAAAUAUUACAUUUCAACAUUUCUGUUAAUCAAUCAAUCAAUCAAUCAAUCAAUGUUUAUUUAUAUAGCCCCAAAUCACAAAUGUCUCAAAGGACUGCACAAAUCAUUACGACUACAACAUCCUCGGAAGAACCCACAAAAGGGCAAGGAAAACUCACACCCAGUGGGCAGGGAGAAUUCACAUCCAGUGGGACGCCAGUGACAAUGCUGACUAUGAGAAACCUUGGAGAGGACCUCAGAUGUGGGCAACCCCCCCCCCCCAGGGGACCGAAAGCAAUGGAUGUGGAGCGGGUCUAACAUGAUACUGUGAAAGUUCAAUCCAUAGUGGCUCCAACACAGCCGCGAGAGUUCAGUUCAAAGCGGAUCCAAGACAGCAGCGAGAGUCCCGUCCACAGGAAACCAUCUCAAGCGGAGGCAGAUCAGCAGCGUAGAGAUGUCCCCAACCGAUACACAGGCGAGCGGUCCAUCCUGGGUCUCGACUCUGGACAGCCAGUACUUCAUCCAUGGUCAUCGGACCGGACCCCCUCCACAAGGGAGGGGGGGGACAUAGGAGAAAGAAAAGAAAAGAAGCGGCAGAUCAACUGGUCUAAAAAGGAGGUCUAUUUAAAGGCUAGAGUAUACAGAUGAGUUUUAAGGUGAGACUUAAAUGAAGAUUUGUUUCAGCCUGCGACAAAUACUCAUUUUGAUAGUAGGCUAUUUAACACGUAAUGCGUUUUCUUCAUUAUAAGAAAUAUAUAGACGGCUUUUCAUUUUUUGCAGCUCCAGACAGAUUAGUUUUUUUGUAUUUUUUGGUCCAAUUUGGGUCUUUCAAAGGUUUUGGGUAGCCGACCCGUGUGUUAGUGGAAUUCUCCUCCAGUGCUCAGAAGCAUCCUGGCAUUGACAAAUGAUAGACAAGUGUUUCCUCCCGAGUGAUUCAACAGGCCCUUCCUCCCGCAGGUACAAUCUUCAGUCCUCAUAUGACUAAUGAUCAUUCGCUUCAAAGUAUUAAAGACAGCUUGAGAUUGAGAACAAGUCACAAACAACAGAGUUGCGUGUUUGCAAAAGGAAAGAGGCGGCGGCGGCGACUCCAAUUGGCUUUUUUUUACGAUGGCCCCCAUGGCGCUGAACAAGCCGGCGGCCACGGUGUUGGUGCUGAGCUGCGUGUGCGCCGUGCCUCUGCAGAGCCAGAAGCCGGGCCAGGUGGACCCCCUGGCGGUCCCCCGCGCCAACCCGCAAUGCUGGGACUCGUCAUCGGCGCUGCUGCUGGAGAUGCGCUCCCCGAGGGUCGCCGACACCGUGCCCGCCUUCUGGGACCUGAUGGUGGUCCUCAGGUCGUCGGACAACAGCAAGCACACCGCCCUGUUCUGGGACCUGGCCCGGGUCUUCUGGAUCAACUAUUUGGACUGCGUCAUGUCCAGGAGCCACGGCCUCGGACGCCGACACGUGACCCGCGUCCACUCCCUCACCACGGACGAGUUCUUCAAGUUCAACAGCUCAGGGGGGAACUCAAGAUUGCGACUAAGCCUCCGAGUGAGGCACAAGGGCCACAUCAAAACCAUGAAGACCAAAACAUCUUGAAAAGAGCCACACUGCCUUGCAAAUAAACACAACAUAUUUAACGAUACAAUACUGUACUGUAUGUUGUUCUUGGGCAGGGUAUUUAACAAAGAUGGUUGUAUUUUGUUUGAAGGUAUUAUUAACACUGUAACGUAGUC